UCACGUUCAGCUUAAAUCCAGCCCUCUCGGGGUUCGAGUCAUGGACGCCAAGUGUUGGCUUGUGCUUCUCACAGUGUUGGCCUCCUGUUCCAGCCUGAGCGGUGAAGUUAAUGGUGACACCUACGAAUCAUCGACUUUGACGCAGGCAGAAAAUACCGUCACUCUCGCAAGUAACGCAUCGAUCUCGCCCAACCUGGACGGGCCAAACACUACGACGGUGUGUCCAGACGUUUUCCAGCGCAGGUUGCGAUUGCUCCUAAAGGAGCAAAAAUUCAGCCUGCCCGAAACCGGAGAUGCGCUCGGCACCUCGGCAGUACACAGGUACCGGCGCUUCGUGCAAGAAAAGGCUUCCGAGAUUUGGGCGCUGGUGCCGAAAGAACGUGAAAGACAGCCCAGAACCGCCGCCCUACCCGAAAGAGCCAUGUGCUUGGAGGCCGUGUACCGCGGAACCAGGUGGUCUGCUUCGCCACCAGACACGUGCGCCGAGAUGGACUGCCCCAGAGGCAGCUUCGGUGUCAUGAGAUGGUGCUGCAAUGCAAGAGGCUACUGGAAGUCCCCGAGCCCCAACACGGCCCAGUGCGUCCAGCCGUCCAUUCUGCAACUCAGAAGCAAGAUUGCAGCUGGAAAAGGCGAAAAAUUGGGACCCAACCUACCCAACACCGUGGAACAAAUGAACGAGUUCAUGCGCCAGAGCGAACUCAAAGUGGGCGGAGACCUGCUGGCCAUUGUCGACCUCCUAGACACCGCUACCAAGAGAUUGGAGAGCGGCGACGUCCAAGUGGGAGACAUCAACUUCGAAAAUGCCGAGCGUGUUGGGAAGGAAACUGCCAAGACCGUGGAUAAGCUGCUUAGUCUUGAUAUACCUUGGAACGAAAUACCUGCGCAAACACGAUACCGUUGUGCCACGACACUCCUACAGACCUUGGAUGUUGCCGGAAUCAUUCUCAGCGCCAUCGAUCUCAAAGACAGCAGUCUCGCCUUCAAAAAUUUCAAGAUGAACAUCGUGUCCGGUACGACGGCCAACAUUGUGAACCAGACGGUGAUGCUUCCUAGGAAGAGCACUGUGUUCAACCUGUCACAGAGCACGGCGCAGAUCGGACUGACACCCAACAGCGUCUCCAGCGAUGGCGACAGCACGGCGCUCGUCAUCGUGUUCACGGAGUUCCCGCGGCUGGACAAGCUCCUCUACGACGACGGAGACGAGCAAGACAUAGAACAGCUAAAGAAGGAACUCAACUCGCCCGUAAUCAGCAUUCGGAUAGGAAGUGAAUCCGAAGGACUCCAACUGAGCAGAAAUGUCGAGAUUACGCUGCCGAUGCUGAAGUCAGAGGCUGAAAAUCCAAUCUGCGUGUUCUGGGACACGCUCCUCAAUGAGUGGAGUCCAGAGGGCUGCGAGGUGGGAUCUCGGAAUGGCACGCACGUGAUCUGCCUGUGUCGACAUCUCUCAAACUUCGGAGUUCUCAUGGACUUGAACGGAGUCCUCGACGAAGCGCUGACAGGCACGUCCCUCAAGAUCAUCACCCUGGUCGGCUGCAGCGUGUCGGUCAUCUGCCUGGCCAUCUGCAUUGCGGUCUUCGGAUGCUUCAGGUCGCUGCGAAAUACCCGAACGUCCAUUCAUCUGAACCUGUGCAUCAGCCUCUUCAUAGCCGAAAUCGUCCUGAUGCUCGGUUUGGACCAGACGCAGGACAAGGUAGACAUCACGGAAGUCUGCAAAGACUUCUGUUUUGUAUUGUGCACUUUGCUCGUGCUCUGCGAAUUUGGCGGUGUGACCCUGCCAGGGACCAAGUUUCUUGAGCGGCGCGCCUUGUCCGAGAAGGAGAAGUGCCAAUAA